AUGUCAAACGAAGCGUUUCGCUUACUUUCUCGAGGAGGCACGGUAUUCAGUAAAUCCAAUAUAGACAACCAUCUUCUCAUUAAACGGAAAGAGUCGAGGCAGAAGGGUCAAAGAAAUGCGACAGUGUUAGAUGGACAAAUUCCCUCAGAAUUAGACUUUUUCAAGUAUGCUCAAGGCGGUCAAGGAAAGAGAAAAAUUGUGGACGAAUCGAGUAAUUCAGAGAAAAAGAGGAAAGUGAACCAUGAGGGAGAAGAUAUGCAAGAUGAAGAUGAAUUAUUGGCAAGCGUGGCUAUACCAGAGGUCAUCCAUCGAGUAUCUGCAAAAGGAUCGGAUGUACCACCACAUAUCGACAGCUUUGAAGCUCUUAACACAUUCGGAGUCCCUUCACGAAUCACAGCAAACCUGAAAUCUAGCGGAUACAAAACUCCGACGAGCGUUCAGUCAUAUUGUAUUCCCAUCCUUUUGAAAUCUCGCGACCUGGCGGCUAUUUCACCGACAGGUACUGGAAAGACACUUGCUUACCUUCUUCCAAUAUUCUCGAAACUUGCUGCACCCGCCUCUCCUUCUUCUGGCAACGGUGUGAGAGCAGUUGUUGUCGUACCAACUCGUGAACUAGCCCAUCAAAUCUACAACGAAUGCCUAAAACUCGCCCAAGGGCGCAAAUGGAAAAUUAUACUUUUCAGCAAAGCAACUGCCAAUGCGCUAUCUCAGAACGGUGCUGCAGAUAAAGUCGACAUCAUUAUUUCUACUCCUCUAAGACUUGUUGCUGCUCUUCAAAAUGGAGUAAUAGACUUAAAUAAUGUCCGACAUUUGGUCCUUGAUGAAGCGGAUCGCAUGCUGGACCCAGAGUUCAUGCCUCAGAUACAGGAAAUUGUCAACUCUUGUACCUAUAGUUUUUUACAAAAGGCAUUUUUUAGCGCAACGCUACCAGCUGGCGCCGAAAAGCUGGCUAUGGAAAUGCUGAAUAAUCCAGUACGCGUUGUGGUUGGAGUAAAAGACACUCCUCUUCCUCUGAUAUCUCAGUCCUUAACCUAUGUUGCCGACGACCCCUCAAAACUGCCGAGUCUCCUUUCUUAUUUUGCAAAACCGUAUAACCCACCUGUUCUCAUUUUUGCUUCGACUCAAACCCGAGCAACAUCUCUGGCGGAAGAACUUGUUCUCAACGGCAUUGCAAAUGUAGACUGUUUACAUGCUGGUUUGACCCAAAAGGAGCGCGAAGAUGCUGUCACUCGUAUGCGCAAAGGCGAGAGCUGGGUUAUGGUCACAACAGAAGUUAUGGCCAGAGGUAUGGAUUUCAAAGGCGUUCGGGAAGUAAUUAAUUACGAUUUCCCAACAACUGUGCAAAGUUACGUUCAUCGGAUUGGUCGUACAGGGCGGGCAGGACGAGAGGGAAAAGCUGUCACAUUUUUCACUGACGACGACGCCCCGUAUCUCAAAACGAUCGCAAACGUAUUGCUUCAGUCUGGUUCAACUGUACCCGAUUGGAUACUGAAGUUACCAAAGCCCUCAAAACUGAAGAAAAGGCAAAUGGGAAAAAUUAAGCGCCCCGACGUUGUUAAUCCUGCUAGAUUUGUUGGACGACGGGAUUCGAUUAAGAAACGGUCAGCCUUACAUCCAAUAUACGCCUGA